AUGGCUGUGAGCCUUAGGUGGGCCUGGGUGAUAACCUGUGCCCUCUUCUUAGCUGCCACUGCCAAAGUAUUUUCCCAGAAAGGGCUUGAGCAGAUGUUGCUGGAGAAACUUGGGCUUCCCGAAGUCCCUACCUUUCAGAGGACCGACCUGCAGAAUUUAGUAAUUCCACAGAAUAUAAGGAAUAAAUACAUGUCCAUGCUGAAGCGUCACCGAGUGAAGCGGAGGGCACUGCCAAGUCUAGCUGGGAUCCUGAGAGGAAUUCCCGGCAAUGCAGAUAUUUCAGGAGACGUUCUCUAUUCAGACGCCACCCGACAGAAUCUGAUCUUCGACAUGGAGGGCAGGAUACCAGAAAACAGCGAAGUCACCAUGGCUGAGCUGAAGCUUUUCAAAAAGCCCCUGGAGAGGAAACACUUGCCAAGCAGGCCGUCUCAGAGGCCGGUCAUGAAUGCCAGGGUGAGCGUGUACUGGGUGCAGCUUCAGGAGAACGGCACCAACCGGACCUCUUUGAUUGAUUCCAGGUUAGUUCCAAUUAUGGAGUCUGGCUGGAGGAAUUUUGAUGUCACCCAGGCUGUGCAGUUUUGGCUAAAAGCGAAGAAGCCGGGCCCAAUGCUUCUGGAGAUCUGGAUUGAAGGAGAAAGGUUAGGCAGCUAUGCCUCUGAAAUGGCCAAAGUUGUGCGCUUUACGUCUCAGGACCCUUCAGAUAAGGCACUGGGGAAACCCGAGCUGGUGCUCUACACUCUUAACCUGGAAAUAUAUGGAGGACCUGGAGACUGUAAAGAAGGAACCUUGACAGAGAAGGCCAUCUGCUGCCGACAGGAAUAUUACAUCAAUUUCCGAGAGCUUACCUGGACUCAAUACUGGAUUAUUGAGCCGGCUGGCUACCAGGCUUACCACUGUAUAGGUGGCUGCCGGCAGCCCAAGAAGUUGCCGCACUAUUUUGGCUAUGGAGAGAGAACUUGUGCUGUGGUGGAGAGUUCCCCACUUCCCAUGAUGUAUCUGGUCAAGAAGGGAAACUACACAGAAAUUGAGGUGGCCGAGUUCCCCAACAUGAUCGUUGAAAAGUGUGGCUGUGUCAUGGACCAUAUGGCGGUGGUCUAGCUACCCACAGACACAACCACACAGAGACUGGUCCUCUAGCAGAAGUGCCAACGGUGGCUCAGCUGCAGGGCCUUCUUUUCUGACUUGUGGGUGCAGCCAAGAAACUUAGUGCUCUUCAUU